UUAAAGGGAUUUCUUUGAGCCUGUACGUGUGAUGUUCCGCCGUUACACUCUGGUCUGAUGUUCCAGGUUUUUGUUUUUCUGCAUCCUAACCUGUUGAUGCUCCCUCCCACUCUAGGCCAUUUGCAUGGCAACCCUUUACCAGGCCAGCUGCUGCUGCCCUUUUCUUUCUUCAUGUUGAAUUCUAAUCAUUACUUUCAAAGGAAAGCGUCUCCAAAGCUGCUUUAUCAAGUGUUCGUACUGGGAGGAGGCAAGCCACUGUCUAGCGCUCACUCUCGCUGCUCUUCUUCUCAAUGCUGUUGUCUAAUCCGGGAGCAUCUCCAGUUAGUGACCGGCUUUUUCAAGACUUGAGAAAUAUAACAAUUGGAAAAAGAAGCUCUGCAGUGAUGCCAUGAGGUUGAUUUUGGUCAAACCCACCAACGCAACUCGACGUCUUGACUCAACGGCUGAAGUUUUCCAUGAUGGGGACCACGAGCAUUGUACCUCAGGAGGUCCAGCUCCUCCGACAAAAACUCCUGAUGGGAUGCGUGAUCGAUACUCAGGCACCUCUGGGGAAGCAUCCUCUUCACUGCAGGAGACGAGUCCCGAAAGAUCUAACGGGAUCAGUCCAUCAAGAGAUUCAGCACAAAACCUAACCUUAUCACAGCUGAGCGAUCAGGACUGGCUGCUGCUUUGUGGCCAGGUUAGCAGCGUAGGAGAUGAUUCAGCCUUAGCGGGGAGAGCAGGGACCAGUGUGGAACAUCCAAACCAUGACAGGUGUGGUUGUUCCUGUACAGAUGCUAGCCAACAUCCAGAGGCUUUUAGUUUUCAUCCGCAAUCAAAGCAGGGCACAGUCCAGGAUGAUAGCCUCAUGAAAGUUUCAGACAAGAGAAGCCUUUCAUCUUCACCUUACACCCUGCCUUUCUAUCAAAGCACCCAAGCUUCGACCACUUGCCAGGUGUUACCACAGCAAACAAACCAAAGGGAUCUUUUUAAACCUGACACAAACCAUACACAGGAUAACUUCCUCCCCCUCCAGUUCAGAGACCAAGAAGGUAGAAAGGAGCAGUUGCAGCAACAGCCUUGCAAUCAUUUUAAACUUAGAGACACCAACCAAGCAACUUUAUUCAACAUUCCUCUGAGUUCCAUUGAAUGUGCCAAAACAAAUCAGAACCCUGCUGUCCCUGCAGACCUCAACUGGAGAGAGCUUUUCGGCAAAGAGCCUCUGUUAGUCCAGCAACGUCAAAAGCGAGACUCUCGCUGCUCGAUGAGUACUGAUCAGACUAGCAAGACACCUGGAGACCCCUCCAUCGUCCGCAAGUGCCGUCAUCUCCCCUGCAACCCUUUAACCAGCACUGUGCAGAGGUCGUCUACUCCAGCUAGUAAUAAAAGUGUGCAGUCCUUCACCACCAGCCAGUACAGCUCACUUGAGAACCAGGAUGUAGUGGCAGAAAGAGCCAGACAUCGACAAAGUCAGACAAACUCUCAGCAGCUCAGUGGGUCGAGGUUCUCCCUCCCCAAACACACUCCUCCACCAACUCAUGACAUCGGGAUCAACGGGAACGCAGUGCGACCGCUAAGCAGCCAUGGCACUUUAAGAUCCAGCCUUUCAGAUCUCCACUCAGGCCAACAGCCUCUCCAGCUCCUUCACAGUGCCAUCCUGGAGGACGCUUUUUCCAAAGUAAUCAGAGAAGAUUCCAGUAAGGCCAACAGUGAGAACCUGAGCAGGGAGGAAGGCAGCGUACCACGGAAGAAGACCAAGGACAUUAGCUACCGGCUGGGUCAGAGAAAAGUUCUCUUUGGGAAGCGCAAGCAGCUGAGCGACUACGCGUUGGUCUGUGGGAUGUUUGGCAUUAUUGUCAUGGUGAUCGAGACUGAGCUGUCAAGGGAAUUUUACACCAAGGAAUCCAUAUAUUCAUAUGUCCUGAAAGGUCUGAUCAGCCUCUCUACUGCCAUUCUUCUUGGACUCAUUGUGAUGUACCAUGCCAGGGAAAUCCAGCUCUUCAUGGUGGACAACGGAGCCGACGAUUGGAGGAUAGCAAUGACCUUUGAGCGGAUUCUCUUUGUAGCGUUCGAGCUCCUUAUCUGUGCCAUCCAUCCGAUCCCAGGUCAGUAUGUGUUCACCUGGACUGCUCGCCUGGCUUUCAGCUACACAGCAUCAGUGGCGGACGCUGACAUCGACAUCAUCCUCUCCGUGCCGAUGUUCCUGCGGCUCUACCUCAUCGGCCGGGUCAUGCUGCUCCACAGCAAGCUGUUCACCGACGCUUCCUCCCGCAGUAUCGGGGCGCUCAACAAGAUCAGCUUUGACACUCGUUUUGUCAUGAAGACUCUGAUGACCAUCUGCCCCGGCACAGUCCUGCUGGUCUUCAGUGUGUCCUGUUGGAUCAUCGCAGCGUGGACCGUGCGUGUGUGUGAGAGGUAUCACGAUGCUCAAGAGGUGACCAGUACAUUUCUCGGAGCAAUGUGGCUGGUCUCCAUCACCUUCCUGUCCAUCGGGUACGGCGACAUGGUCCCUCACACCUACUGUGGGAAGGGAGUUUGUCUGCUGACAGGAAUCAUGGGAGCCGGCUGCACGGCUUUAGUGGUCGCUGUUGUUGCAAGGAAGUCCGAACUCACCAGAGCCGAAAAGCAUGUCCAUAACUUCAUGUUGGAUACUCAGCUGUACAAAAAGGUAAAAAACACAGCAGCCAAUGUGUUGAGGGAGACUUGGCUCAUUUACAAAAACACCAAGCUGGUCAAGAAGAUUGAUCGUGCCAGAGUACGCCACCAUCAGCGUAAAUUCCUGCAAGCCAUCCACCAACUGCGAAGAGUCAAAAUGGAGCAAAGGAAACUAACUGAUCAGGCCAAUACAGUUUGUGACCUUGCCAAGACCCAGAACAUGAUGUACGAUCUGGUGUUGGAGCUUCAACAUCGAAGUGAGGAGCUGGACAGGAGGAUUGUAGCUCUGGAAGAGAAACUGGAUUCCAUCCUUCUCAGUGUGCAGUCGCUUCCCGUUGUGCUUUCUCAAGCAAUAACAAAGCUACAAAAGGAUUUCCUGGACGACUUGGCCUGUCGCGUCCACUUCCUGUCAUCCUCCCUGAGCUCCGAGUGCUGUUCAGUCCCUGCCAGGCAGCUUUGUCCAGGACCCACCACACCAGAGACACCAUACAGCUCAUAGACCUCACUCUGUGGCUUUCCUUGUAGUCUGGAAACUUUGUUCAUGCUGGGAAGGAUUUUCUCAACAUGCACACUCUUCUUUUAAGUAGCGCUCUGCUACACAUUUUUACAGUUACACAAAUAAACCCCUGGGAGUAAUAGCUCUUACUGAGCAGCCCAAAUGACAAGGGAAGUGCUUUAGUGAGGGGAUUCUCGGCUAAGGGAAGAUCCAUUUUUUUCAGAGGUUCACAGUUACUGUAUAGUCAGGACUGGGUUUUCAGCUACAAAUAGACAUACAUUAGUAGUGUCUCUUAGGAAGCAAUAUGAAGAUGAUUUUUAAGGUACCUAGAGUCUAAGUGUGUUAGUUCCUAAGUAAUUAAGAAAUGAGGAAUACAUUUUCCCCUUAUUCUCGAGCUUACAUACCUCAAAUGGAUAAGUAUUUAUUUUUGAUGUCUACUAAUCAACUCUUUCGCAAUAUUUCUUUCUGAAAGAAAUCUAACAUUAUGGAAAUGGAGAUUGUCCUUAAAAUAUGGACAGCACUUUUGAAUAUGUGGAUUACAUGAUGUCACUAUACAUGAACAAGUUAAACUUAUGAUCAUUAUUAUUUAUUAUUAUACAAAUAUCCUAAAAAUCCCUGUUUCAGUUGGAAAAUGUUUUCCUUUGAUGACCUAGCAACAGUUUAUUUUAAAGUUGUAGGCAUACACAUAUUGAGAACCUGCAAUAGAAAUAAAGUAAAUCUAUAAUUAUUAAAUUGUUAACAUUAGCUCUGAAAUCUUCCUUUGUGUUUCACUGGCCUUAGCCUACAACAUUAAUAGAAGCUUAGGACCUACUUUCUUUUGAUUUUCAUAGCAGCAACAUACAGUAUCAGCAUCUUGCCGAAUACAAAAGCAAUAAAUACUUUUUCCCAAGA